AUGAAGCUACAGCUUCGCGACGACAAUGAGGACGGGCCCGUCCACCCGUUCGUCAAUCCUUAUACCGAGUUGAACAUUGGGCUGUGGUUAUUGUUUUUUGGAGCGUCUGUGUUUUUGUUUGCGAGGUUGUAUGUCAAGGUUGCAAAGAGGCAUGGCAUGUGGUACGAUGACUACAUCCUCAUAGUAUCAUGGCUCAUCCUUCUCGCCAACAACAGUCUCAUCGUAUACGAAUUCGGCAACGGCUAUGUCCUUAAAGACUCAUCACAAGAAUGGGACGACAAAAUGCACAUCCUCAUCAACAUUUCAUCAUGCGGGACAUUGAUCGGCCAGGCGUUGACGAAGACAGCAUUUGCAGUAACGCUGCUGCGCAUGAGCAACCAGUGGCAGAAAUGGGUGCUGUGGUUCUGCAUUGCCACCAUGAACGCGUACAUGGUCACAAAGGUUAUCUUCCAGUGGGCCAAGGUCUGCGGCAAGGAUACCUACGACAACUGGUACAGACUUGAUUUCUGCCUGGAAAAGGACUUCCGGACUAAUUUCAAGGAGGGCGGCAACAGGCGCAACGGCAUGUCGCAAAUAUGGUACUCAUCAGAAGUUGCUGGAACAAUCAUGGUGCAAUGCAUCCCCAUUCUCCGUCCAAUUCUCAAAAACAUCCACACAUCAUUCACAUCCCGAAGACUCGAAUCCAGCAACGGCGAAAGAAAGGGCUCCGGCUGGACCUGGACGCGCAGCAGCAAGCACUUCUCCACAGGGCCUCUCACACCAGGCCACCCCGUCGUCGUCAACCCCGACGCCGUUGAGCUACGAAACAUCCCCGAGGAGCAGGAACCAGCAGAGUUCGACUUCUGGGACAAGCACCGCCCGCCGUCACCGGAUGAUAUCGAGGAGGCCAGACCAGCGGAGCACAAGUUCACCAGAGACGAUAGUUGGCCGCUGGGAGGAGGAAGUGAGUCUGGAAGAAGCACGAGGAGCCUUGAGUUGGCGCAGUCGAGCGUAGGGCUGGCUGUCGAGCAGGAACACGCCCAAGGACUGAGUCCACCACCACCCAGGAGGAGUUAA